AGCAGGGUACGGGGGCGCACGCUUACAAAAUGAGAGAGUGAGUUUGAGAGGAGAGGCAGAUGCGAGAGACGCAUGUAAGAUCCGCACAGUAAUUAGCCGCGGAUGUAUCAACAGGGAUAAUCGGAUUGGGAGGAUUUGAAAGAGGAGAAAUCACUCGGAUCCGGGAUUAAUUCAGGCGUCUUCACUCCUCCGGUUUCGCCGCCGCUAUGGGAAUUGACCGGCGGCGGAGAGCGUCGCUGGCUCUCACCUUGAACUUUCUGGCCUUGUUCCUCGCGGUGUCGGCUCUUGGAACGAGCCACUGGUGCGCCGGUACCCGCAAGGUGGUCAAACCGUUCUGUACCGGCCCGGUGACGACCAAGCAGUCGUUCUGCAUCAGGUUCAACAGCUCCAAUUUGAACGACACGCGGCUGGUGCAGUACAUUUGGGAGACGGGCGAGGACAAGUACGUCAUGAGAAAGUUUCACACCGGCAUCUGGUUCUCCUGCGAGCAGAACAUCAACAUGACCGGUGAAAACUGCCGAAAUUUCAUCUAUGUCGCACCUGCAAAUGAAAGAGGGGUGCUGUGGCUGUGCAUUGUCGCAGAGUGCCUGUAUAUCAUGCUCUUGGCCACCGGGGGCAUCCUCAUGUGGAUAGAAGUGUGCCAGUUUGGCAACGUCAUCGAUGGCCUGAAGCUCAAUGCCUUCGCUGCCAUAUUCACCGUGCUUUCAGGCCUGCUGGGGAUGGUGGCCCACAUGAUGUUCACCACAGCCUUCCAGCUGACUGUCAGUCUGGGCCCCGAAGACUGGAAACCUCAGACAUGGGACUACAGUUGGUCAUACAUAUUAGCGUGGAGCUCCUUCACAGCGUGCAUGGCGUCCUCCGUCACGACCAUUAACCGCUACACCAAAACCAUCCUGGAGUUCAAGCACAAGCGAAGGAACAUUGAGAAGAACUUAAAGAUCAAGCAGAAGCUGUUGGAGCUGGACGCUCCCGAGCAGGUGUGGGACAUGUACAUCAGUUCGGUGCCAAGUACUGCAGAGGAGCUUCUGGACCUUUCGUCCAACGGCCGCAAACUCUCCAACACCUCCAUCUUCUUGGACCUCAACGACCUGCCGGGCCAGCAGGGGGAAGAAUACUGCUAGAGGAGCUAUUUAUUUAUCAAACAUCAUUAUGUUCUGGGUUUUAAUUACUGGGAAGUGGUGGGUGGGGGGCGGGGUACCAACAAAAAAGUAAAAUGUGUUCUUGCAGAUGAAGCCUUUCACGGACAGCAGUUACUACAGUGGACGGUUUAUCAUGUUAUCAGGUUACAGGGUGCAUUAAAUGGUCAACAUAAGAACUGAUUGUUUUAAUUCCGUGCCCUGUAAAUUGCUAUAUACACUUGUUCAGUAAAAUCAGAUCUAACAUAGUCUCAAAUAGUUUCCUUUCACAAAUCUUGUAAUGAUUGAUUACCUCCACCAAUGAGACUUUGAUCAUAAUCCAUGUGCAUUUAAUAUUUUGGAAAGUUUUUGUAUUGGGUCUUGUUAUACAGUAUUGUAUAAUGAGAGGGCACGAAAAAUACAUUCUUGAAAAGUAGAUUUUUUUUUUUAAUUGAAUGAAAAAGUGCUGAAUCUUUGUGACUGCACUAAGAUGAGAUCUGGAGAAAAUGGAGCUUGGGUGUUGUAGAAUAAUUUCUGUGCAGCCUUCAUAAGAGAGUGUAAAUGUGUAUAUUUUAAAAAUGUAGACUACAGUGAUAGCAGAAGUCUCGACAGGCUGUGCCGAGUGCCUUGGCUCGCUACAAGAUGCUUUCCAUCAAACAAUGAGUGUCGUAGACACUCACACGGCAACACUGUUUCGUUCUCUAGUAGCAACUGUGCCAACUGCCAAAUGUGAUCAGUGAAGGGUUGCAUUCUGUGUGACCCGAUCAUGUAUCUGGAUGUUGUGUUACGAUCUAAAUGUACACAUGGAAACACACAACUAAGUUAUUUAAAUGUAUUUGAAACAGUA